GCAGUUAAGCGCCAAAAGCCGCCUAUGGCGUUCAAUUUUGUUCUUCUUCUCUUCUCUAUUAUCGGAACCGAAAGUGUUACAUCGUUAAUUGGUGAAAGGUUUGGCGGUAAAGCGUUCACUUGUAAAUCUCUGGAAUCAAUUAAUAUUUCGUGCCUACCAAACGAAGUGUUGAGAAUAUCCAGCGCCUUUUUUGGUACUUUUAGAGAUAGUAACUGUUUUGAUGAUUCAGUAAUUUCAAUACCCCAAUGCGCUGUUGAUAUUACGAUGUACCUGUCAAGAAAAUGCUCGGCUCUUCCAAGUUGCUCUUUGACUAUUCCGGAUGAGAACAUAUCGAAGAGUUUUAGCUUGUUCGAAAGUAGAAAUAAGGAGGCUUGUCGGAGGGCGGCCCCUUUUAUGAAAACCCUUUUCUCCUACUAUUCAUGUGUACCAGUCGAAGUUAAAGGUAACUGCGAAAGGGCACAGAACGUAAUUAGCGCUAACUCAGGAUACUUAAGCCCAAAGAUAAGACGCUGCACCAUCACAUGGCUCUUUCGGGCAGGAAUCGGGCAACGCUGGAAGUUCACUUUGAUUGACUAUUCAACUGGCUUAAGCCAACAUAACUGCGCUUUCAUGACUAUUGCUGAUAUUGAAUCAAAGAGGAACCUAUCAAACGUAUGUCACGCUAACGAGCCCUCACUAAGCAAAGGUCACGAGGUUAGGGUCACCUUUCACUACUCUCCAAACUCAUCCAACUUUCUACUACAUUAUGAAGUUAUCGGGUGUAAAAUUUACCAACCGGGAAAGAACGUAUUCAUUUCCUAUUCGUCUUCCUCGGUCGUCCGUCUUAAAUGCAACUUCACCUCCGAACGCACUUGGAAUUUGCAGUGUGUAAAUAACAGCUGGUUAGGAGAAGUUCCGAAUUGCGUGGCGUUCAAUGUAGGCGUCACUUCCGGUUUAUGGAACGGAGCCGCACUUUAUAUCGCCGUUGGCAUUGGUAUUCUCAUUGCCUUCGUUCUACCAGUGGUCGUGCUCUUUUGUCUACGAACGCGUCUACUAAACAAAAGACACUCAGGUGAAGAAACUCCAAAUUCAAUAACGUUAAAAGUCUCCCAUAAUGAAGUUUAUAAAGAGUUAAAUAACAUAAAAUUAUUAACUGGGCAGUCUUCUCCUUGCUCUAUUGCUUCCUCUUAUGAACAAAGCCCUAAAUCUGACUUUUUUCGUCAUCAAAAUACUUUGGACACAUUUAGAAAUCGGGCAGAAACUGUUUACGCAAGAGGACGACCUAUCAGAAGUGUUGCAGCCAGGAACGCUCAACCAGAAGUACUGUAUGACUUUUCAACUGUACGUCCUCUGACAGCUGUAGUAAAAACUGCUGAUGACAUACAUAUCUUUGAAACUGCUGCUCCAGACGAUGGAGGAUUAAAUGUUUACGAGAAAUCAGAUGCUGAUAGAUUAAAAAAGAAUAGCUAUACAUAUGGAGAAAAAUUAACAAUACCGACUAAUUGCAAUUUCAAAAUUUAAGCGGUAGAUGGCAGUAGCUACAAAUUUUAUAUUAUCAGUUUUUCUUAUAAAGAGAGUAUUGAUGAAAUUUUGAAGCUUUAAAAGGAAAAUGAUAUAAUAGAAGUUGAUAAGAAUUAAUCUACUUGCAUUGGAGGGAAAAUAUCGGGGGUUUCUAAUAAAAUAACCGAUAUGAAUACCCCAAUUGGAGAGGUCGAUUAAGAAAUUUCAUCUUGUCUCAUAUCUACUAUGAAAACAUUGAUAAUAACGAAUAUUUAUAUAUUUCAACUUCUGCACAAAAUGACAAUUUAAUGUGAUCAAUUCAUUAGAAAGUAUAGCUUUAUAUAUACAGCAUAUUUAAAACUAUAUAUAUAUUGUAUAUAUAGUAUAUGUAAUGCACAGUUACUGUGUAUACAUUAAAAUAUACAUGCAUAUAUUACAUAUACUGCAUAUAAAUGAGAC